AUGGAUAUUGUAACAGCAUUGCCAUUGUCACCAAGUAAGAAAAAUGCUACUUGGGGGAUUGUUGAUCGGCUUACAAUGUCAGCUCAUUUUAUAGCAGUCAGAACAGAUUGGUCACUUCAGAAACUUGCUGAAGUUUAUAUUCGGGAGAUAGUACGAUUACAUGAUAUUCCAGUGUCAAUAAUUUCUAAUCGAGAUCCACAGUUUACAUCUAGAUUUUGGAGGCAGAAAUCAUAUGCAGAUCUGAAAUGUAGAGACAUUGAGUAUGCGGUUGGUGAUAAGAUUAUUGAGAGAGUUGGACCAGUUACAUAUCGUCUAGCUUUGCCUCUAGAAUUGCAAAAGAUUCAUGAUGUUUUUCAUGUUUCUAUGCUCAGAAGAUAUCGAUCAGAUCAUUCUCAUAUUAAUUCUACAGAGGAUAUUGAAAUUCGACCUGAUCUGUCAUAUGAAGAAGAGCCAGUUAAGAUAUUGGCUCGAGAGGUAAAGAAAUUGCGUAACAGACAAGUUCCUUUAGUGAAAGUAUUGUGGAAAAGUCAUAAUAUUGAAAAAGCAACUUGGGAAUCAGAAGAGACUAUGAGAUCAUAG